AGUCUUAGUGUACAUAGGAGAAUUCACACUGGAGAGAAACCGUAUAUAUGUAAGGAAUGUGGAAAGGCCUUUGCUAGAGCCUCAAGACUUAAUUUACAUAGGAGAAUUCACACUGGAGAGAAACCAUAUAUAUGUAAGGAAUGUGGGAAGGCCUUUGCUGAAUCAUCAAGACUUAGUGUACAUAGAAGAAUUCACACUGGUGAGAAACCAUAUAUAUGUAACGAAUGUGGAAAGGCCUUUGCCGCAGCUUCAGGACUUAGUGUACAUAGGAAAAUUCACACUGGAGUGAAACCGUAUAUAUGUAAGGAAUGUGGAAAGGCCUUUGCUGUUGCCUCAAACCUUAGUGCACAUAGGAGAAUUCACACUGGAGUGAAACCGUAUAUAUGUAACGAAUGUGGAAAGACCUUUGCUUUGGCCUCAAGACUUAGUGAACAUAGGAAAAUUCACACUGGAGAGAGACCAUAUAUAUGUAAGGAAUGUGGGAAGGCCUUUGCUAUAGCCUCAAAACUUACUGUGCAUAGGAGAAUUCACACUGGAGAGAAACCGUAUAUAUGUAAGGAAUGUGGGAAGUCCUUUGCAGAAGCCUCAAGCCUUAGUGUGCAUAGGAGAAUUCACACUGAAGAGAAACUGUAUAUAUGUAAGGAAUGUGGGAAGGCCUUUGCUACAGCCUCAAGACUUAGUCUACAUAGGACAAUUCACACUGGAGAGAAACCGUAUAUAUGUAAGGAAUGUGGGAAGGCCUUUGCUUUGGCAUCAAGACUUAGUGUACAUAGGAGAAUUCACACUGGAGAG